AAAGUUAAAAUGAACGCUUUAGUUGCAUAGGACUAUGCUCCAUGAUACCAGGAGUGCCUAGUUGGAACAUACUGGAGCCCACAUAACUACUGAAACCAACCCAUGAAGGUGCACCGCUGCACGACGUACAUUGCACGAUGCGGUCGAUCCCUAGGGUGGGGUUUUGACUGGUCGCAGGCCAGCAAUGUUAUCCGAUAUUUUACAACAGUAUUAACUGACAUUAUACGCUGCGCUGCAUUUCGUUUUAAAGUGUGAGCUGCUUUACGUUAGGCUACGGGAGAUCCGCUAGCAGUUCACGCGUUCGGCCUAUAUUUAACACAGAAUGCAGCUUACAAUUACUACGCCCGACGGGGAGCACGUCUUUCCUGUUGAGAUCGAUGGUAACACGCUGUUCGAGGACAUUAAUGCCAUCUGCGAGGCGGAGACCGGCCUGCCGUCGACAUCCUUCGUCCUUGUCCACAACAACCGGCCAUUACAAGACAGCCAAACCCCCGCCUCCGCCGGCGUCCAAGCGGGUGACAUGCUCAUCCUGGUGCAGCCGCGCCACCUGGCUGCAGGAGGAGCAGGAGGGGGCGGGCAGCAGCAGCCCCCCCACCCCCCGCACCCCGGGGUGGGCCCCGCCUCCUCCUCCCAGCAGCAGCAGCAGCAGCUCAUGCAGCGCAACCCGGACGGCAGCCUGGUCAACCCGGCAGCGGCCAUAGAGGCCUUCAAGUCCGACCGGCAUCUGAUGGACACCUUCCGCGCUCAGGCGCCCCGGCUGCACGAGGCCAUCAGCGCGGGGGAUGUGGGGGCGCUGCAGGAGGAGCUGAGGAGGGCACACAGGGCCCAGCACGAGGCCAAUGAGGAGCUGGAGCGGCUGUACCGGCUGCAGGAGGAGGACCCCUUCAACCCGGAGCUGCAGGCUAAGAUCGAGGCGGCCAUUCGGCAGCGCAAUAUCGAUGAGAACUACGAGGCGGCCAUGGAGCACAACCCGGAGAACUUCAUCCAGGUGCUCAUGCUGUACGUGGAGAUGGAGGUGAACGGGGUGCACGUGAAGGCAUUCAUCGACAGCGGCGCGCAGAUGACCAUCAUGACCGCCCCCUUCGCGGAGAAGUGCCACCUCACGCGGCUGCUGGACGAGCGGUUCCGGGGCAUGGCGGUGGGGGUGGGCAGCAGCAAGAUCCUGGGCAAGGUGCACCAGGCCAAGAUGAAGGUGGGCGACCAUGUUGUCACCAGCGCCAUCACGGUGCUGGAGCAGAAGAGCGGCCCGCAGUUCAUCUUCGGGCUGGACAUGCUGCGUAGGCACCAGUGCUGCAUAGACCUGUCCAAGAACGUGCUGCGUAUCGGCUCCUGCGGCGUGGAGCUGCCCUUCCUGUCGGAGGCGCAGAUCCCCUCCGACUUCUCCGCGCAUGUGGAGGAUGUGAGCGAGGCGGAGGCGGCACGCAGGGUGGAGGAGGACGCGGCCGCAGGUCGCGACAAGAUGGACACCGACGCCCCCUCCGCCACCACCACCGCCGCCACCGCCACCCCCUCCGCACCGCCACCCGCUACCGCCACCAACACCACCCCACCCGCACCGCCACCUGCAUCCGGAAGCACCGCCCCUGCUCCCGCCCCCGCCCCCGCGCCUGCGCCUGCACCUGCCCCCAACCCCGCCGCCCCCACCGGUGCUUCCUCCAGCCAGCUGGAGUCCAAGCUGGCGCAGCUGAUGUCGCUGGGUGCGGACCGGGGUACGGCGCUGCAGGCGCUGCAAGCGGCGGGCGGGAAUGUAGACAUGGCGGCUAGCUUCCUGUUUGAUAUGUGA